UUAGAAAUGGAGGAGGUAUGUAUGUUCUUCCUGCGCUGACGUUCCGCUUUGCUAAAUGCUCCGACGUAACGCCAAUAUUUGCAUUCCGCUUUAUUUGUCUGAUUGAUUGUUGUUCUUUCUGCUUUGCUUCUAAUUAAAGUCAAAAACGUCGCACGUGUGGCGGCGGGCGUCAGCAUUGCGGUCCAAAGGCAGCUUAACGGUCGAUUGUUUGCCGUCCAAUUAACGAGAAGAAUAUCGCUUUUGCGUUUGCUCUUUCAUGUCGGCAGUCGAUCGCGCCGGAGGAACAAAGUUGUCGCAUCGCUCCUUUGUGGCCGCCGGCAAUCAAAAGGGACGGAAAAUGAUUAACAAGCGUUUUUUGUUUUACGCGGUUGCCUGCGUCUCGCUUGCGGUGGCCGCCGAGGGCAAGUACUACCACAUGGCCUUCGCCGGGUUCAGAAAGGACGACCCAACACCCGAGUCUCCCCCACUGGAUGAUGGGAAGGACAGGAUGGGAGUGUUGUAUAGAGAUCCGAAUAUUUAUCAACCGUCGUACCACCACAAAAAGGUGGUGCCGAUCGAGGAAAGCGCAGAAAUCGAGACGUACCCCGCCGAGAGCUACCCCAUUGAGACGUACUCAUCAUACACGGAGGCCGAGGCCCCUGAGCCACCACCGUCAAAGGCAGCCCCCGCGGAGCCCGCGGAGAAGCGCCAGCAGCCGUACAGCUACUAUUACAUUGGCCGCAAGCUGUGGUACAUCCCCCUGUACUUCAGCCUGUACUUUGUGAUUUACGUGGCCGCGCUGAUUAUCAGGGCCAUCUCGAGGCACAAGGUUACCUUCCCUGACCGCCUACCGCAGGCCAGGGCCCUGGCGGGCAACGCCAAAGACGCCAACUCAAAAGAGACUCUCGACCAGCAGACCGCCGACAUUAAUCAGAUUCUUGAGGACAUGCUAUUGAAAUAUAUGUGAUUUUUUUCUAGCUCCAAUCUCUUUUUUUCUGUCUUUCAUGAAUUGAAGUGUAUUAUUUUAUAAUUCUGUUCUAUUGCCGCAUUUGCAUUUUGCUUUGCUUCCAGGAGCUUUCUGCCAAUGUCAUAUUUUAUCUAAUUGAGUUAAGUUUUUGUGGGUUGUAUGAAUUAAGCACUAGUUACUGGAUUGUUAAUAGAUGGUGAAAACAAUACUGUGAUCAUUGCUUAAUUUUGUUUAAAUUACAAGGAAUAAAAUUUAUUUCCAAAUGAAUUUUACCGGA